GCAUCCUCAGUCGUCAGUAAGCUUCAACGAGGGGAGCUUCGAACGGAUAGAAAUUUAAUCGAAUUUCCGAUGUUUUGGUGACAUCGUGCGACUGAGUGACACACACCCGAUAGAAACGAAUUCGUUGAUCGAAACAUGAAUUCGAUGAUGGCCAUGCCAAUGGAAUUGCAACUACAGUUGAUGCAACAUCAACAGAUGCUCUUCCGGCAGCAGCAACUAGCUCUCCGAAGACACAGACCAGAGGAUAUGCCGAAUCCAAUACCGAUACCAAAUUUAGGCGGAGGACCUCCUCUGUCUCCAGAUGUAAAUGUCGAUUUGCAAAAUCGAGAAUUGUGGCAGAAAUUUCACGCAGAAACCACAGAAAUGGUUAUUACGAAAGGAGGCCGACGAAUGUUCCCGUUGAUUCAGCUGAAAAUCACGGGAUUAGAGCGUCGGGCUCGUUAUUGCGUUCUCCUGGAAAUGGAGCCGGCGUCCGAUCGUCGACACAAGUAUGUCGGUUGUGGUGGCGGUUUGAAGAAAUCUUGCGAGAACGCAAAAUGGUCGUCUGCCGGGCCAGCUGAAACUCAGCCACGAAUCGAUCGAAGGAUUUACCUGCAUCCGGAUAGUCCGGCGACCGGUGCGCACUGGAUGCAGCAGUCGCUGAAGUUCGAUAAACUGAAGCUGACUAACAACGUCGCCGAUCCCAAGAAUAACAUUGUUUUAUUAUCUAUGCAUAAGUACGUUCCACGGAUUUGGAUCAUUCGUUGCGAUGAUGCGAUCAGAUUGAGCGAUCUAUAUUCUCAUCCAGCCUCGUCGUUCAAGUUCACUGAAACGGAGUUCAUUGCUGUAACUGCUUAUCAAAACGAGAACAUUACAAAGCUAAAGAUCAACAACAAUCCAUUCGCCAAAGGAUUUCGAGAUUCUGGCCAGUCACGAUGCAAAAGGAAGUUCCAAGCAGAAACGGAGAAAUUGAACGACAUUGAUGACGAUAAUGGGAACGGGUCUUUGGAACGAGAGUCAAGUAAAUCUUUGAAUCAUCUGGACAAUCAAAGACCAACAACAGCUUCCAGUGAAACAGGAAGUUUAGAUGAUAGUGGUGUCAGUAGCUAUGGAGGAAUUAGUCCACCUCUUCCCUCAACGGUUCAUCGAAAUCCGCUAUCUGGAGAUGCCGAUUAUCACGUACAACCAAAAUUACAUAGACCUUGGAUUGAUUCUUCUUCGCAAUAUUCGUCUUCCAUGAUGGCUAGCUCGUUCUCGGAUUUGUUGCCUGUUUCCAAUUUUCCUGCCUAUCUUCGACUAUUCUAUCCGUCUGUGGCGAUGCAAUCGAAUUUCGCGAGGCUACCCUACCAAUCGAUGAAUCGCUCAUCACUUUGUUCGAACGUGCAAAUCAUCGGAACAGUCGAUUGCAUAACGGCGUUUCGACGAUCGAAAAAAGACAGUUGUACCUGUUCGUUGGACAUUGUCGUGAAUACAUUUAUAAAGGUUCAGUGGAACAGUUAACGGGAUUGAUAGGUUACGAGUGUAACAUUUUUCCGGACGGUGCGUAUCACGUUUGA